ACAACCUAAAUUUAUAUAAAUUAUUAAUCCUCGCAUUAAAACAAUUAAUUAAGCAAUUUACACAACAAAACAUAAUCCACUCCAUCCAUAACUAUAACCGUUUCUGUGGACAUGAAAAAAGUACCCCUUUGUUAUAAAAAAAUCGGGUAAAUUGCAAGGUUGGUCACUAGAAGUGUUAAAAUAUUCACGUUUGGUCACUAAAAGAAUUUUAUUCCAUUCGUGGUCACUGGAAGUGCUUAACGUUUCACGAUUGUCACUCUCCGUUAGUCUCCAUCCAUCUCCGCUAACACCGUUAAUAUUUUGCUGACGUGGCUAACAACAGUGCUGAUUCACCCAAUUUAAGCCUGCCACGUCAUAUAAUUUUGACCAGCCAUGUAAGAAAAACCGCCACAUAAAAAAAUCCCACAUAAUUCAACCAAACCACAUAAUCCGACCCCUGCCUCUCCUCUUCUUUUUCUUCCACAUUUAAAUCUCCAUCUAAAUUUCUUCUUCUCCUUUCAUUGUUGCCUCAUCAAUCAUCAUCAUGGAAAUUUAUAUUGGAUCAGGAAUCAGACUCGGUCUCGCCUAGAUUCAAGAAAUUUCUCUCAACCCACUUCUCCUUGUGAAAAUCUGAACAACCAAACCCAUCUUGAAUUGAGCGGAGAAGACAAUUUUUUGCACUUUUGGCCAAAAAAUCAGAGUAGACCACGAUUGGGAGCUGUUGAGGUUUUGCUCACGCUGGAGGGGGGAAGAAUCAGGAACAUAGCAUAACACGAUUGGGGAUCUGGUAUGAGAAUAAGGAUCCAAAGAGGCGAUCUUCUAACGAUUCACCAACGGUGGUGGAGGAUUUUGCGGUAGAUAUUCUUCUUGGUCACCGUCGUCGCUUGCUUCUCAUCUUCGCCUCUUUUAAAGCUUCUGAGAAACCCAGAUACUGAAAUCGUUCGAUCUGUGUUUGUGGUGAUUCGCCGUGCUCAUCGGGAUGGCAUAGCAUCUCCCCACGCUCAUGUUCACCUCGUAAAAUCUAGACUCAUCGACGAUGUCUUCGUAUCAGAUGCAAAGGUGGAAGGACAGUGGGUUCUGCAAAUUUUGCUGGUGUUGCGAUUCACUGACUCUAUGACAGAUUCAAGCAAUGUCUGGCCAUGAUUGAUGAAGCGGCGAGCUGAUGGUGGGAGAAAAGAGAGAUGCGAGUGGAUUUAGUGUUUCAAGUGGGGUGGAAUAGAGGAAGAAGAAGAGGCGCGAUGAAGAAGAACUAAGGUGGCCUCUGACGAAUUUUGCAGAAAAGGGAAGAGGAAGAGUUUGGGGAAGAAGGAGAUGGAUCGGGAAAAUGGCCCCUCUGUUUCUUCAAUUUUAAUUUUAUUGGGUUGUUCUUAGGUCAGCUCGUUUCACGGGUUGGGUUGGGAGAAAUUUGACAUGGCGGUUCGGGUCUCUUUUUUUCUGGGUUAAAUUAGGCUGAUUGGGCAAUUCUGUUAGCCACGUCAACAGAUAACGAACUUUAUUAACGGAGAGUGACCAAUCGUGAAACGUUAAGCACUUUCAGUGACCACGAAUGGAAUAAAAUUCUUUUAGCUACUAGACGUAAAUAUUUUAGCACUUUCAGUGACCAAUCUUGCAAUUUACCCAAAAAAAUCAUUUAUCAACCUGUCGCAUUCCACUCUAAUUAACAACUACAACAAGGGAUCAAUUUGAGAACCCAACAAAUGAACAAAACAUCUAUCUUCCUUUCUCAUGUACUCUCUAUCUCAAGAAGAAGAAACAACCACUGCUAAAAAAUACCUAACAGAAGCACCGGAGUGGCCGAUUGGGGGGAGUAGCCGUCGAGGCGGCGGUGCGAUGCGGCUUCGAGGCGGCUGCCGGGGUGCAGCGCCGAAGUGCGGGGAGCUGACGUUGAGGCGAUGGCUGGCAAGCCGUGUCGAGAAGCAGGGAGCUGGCAUCGAGACGGGAGAGGCGAGGAUGCUGGGGCCAGGAUUUAACGUCGGCAGAAGGAGGAGGUGAUUUGGGAGGAGAUGAUGGAGAGACGAGAGCGACGGCGCGGCUACUACCUCGCUCGACGGAAGGGAGGGAGCCAGAGUUGGCUCUUUAGGGUUAAAUGAGAAGAUCCCAAAACGUCAUCGUAUUCAUAAUAGCCGGUAGCCGGUAGCCGGAUAAGUCCGGUCAGACCCAAUUUUUACCGUCUUUGAGCGGUUGCCGGCCAGCUCAAAAUAUGGUUGUCUCUAGCCCCUUUUGUGUUCGGUUCCGACCCAACCCCGGUUUGACAACCAUGGGCGGGAUUAAUAUACAAUUAACACCUAUUAUGCGCAGGUAACGCUUUUAAUAGCGCCUACGUUUCAUAAAAAAAACAGCACCUACGUCCAAAUCAAGGUGUUCCUUCAACGCCUCACGCCUAAUAGAGCCUAGGCGUGCGCCUAAGCGCGCCUUCUUGAAGGCUGGUAGGGAUAAACAAAGGGUAAGAACUAAGAAGACAUAAUCAAGGUGUUCCUUCAACGCCUCACGCCUAAUAGAGCCUAAGCGCGCCUUCUUGAAGGCUGGUAGGGAUAAACAAAGGUAAGAACUAAGAAGACAUAGUAGUAUUGGAGGGGAAACCACUUCAAUUAUGGUAGCAUCGAUAACAUAUUUACCCUUACUUGCAUGGUUAAAUUGACCUGCACCGCUGAGAAAUGAUAAUGUCCAUACUCUUUAACUGUGAAGAAUCUCCAAGCUUUGGGCACCUAUUCACAUCAUAACAGUGAAAAUGGGGUUCAGACAAACUAAUAAGCUCUCAAUUGUGUGGAAAGAUAAUUUACUAUAAUCAAACAUCCAAUAUAUAUAUUAUUAUUAUUAUUAUUAUUAUUAUUAUUAUUAUUAUUAUUAUUAUUAUUAUUAUUAUUAUUAUUCAAAGCCCCAUUUAAGCAACACACACCAAGUCCAACAAAGCUUUACUUGAAAAACAGUUCGUAUCUUUGAGGAACAAAACACCAUUAUACUUGAAACCAACAGUCUACUUAUGAUCUCUAAGAUUCCACAACCAAACAACGGCUACAUAAUUCUACUUAGCAUCGGCCAUCAAGCACCAUCAUUUUGCCUCUUUAAAAGUGUAGACACGGUGAUAUCAAUUAAAAACUCACCAUAGGGAACCUGGAACCAUCUCAUUUCCUAGUUAGAGCUCCUUUUUCGUCAACGGUGUAUAUCAAUUAUCAGUAUAUGUAACUGAUGGUUCUUCGACAAUGUUGCCAACUGAAAGCUAAGUAAUUCCCCAAAUAAGCUAAUUUGACCAUAACAGCUAAUUUUGGGUAACUGAACGAUAACACCUAACGCUCAUCGGAGGCUAUUGGUCCCGCAAAAACCCACCAAAACCACAAUUACAUAAUGCGACUAAACAAACCCCCAAGCAUCCACAUAUUCGAUAACAAAGACUCCAUGAAAACUUCUAAAUCCAUAUCAACUAUUCAAUCCACAAAGUAUAAAGAAAGUUCGGACACACCUGCGAGGGAGGAUCCAGUGACUAAGGGGUGCUUAGUCACUUGACUAAACCCCUCCCAGCCCUUAGAUCUAGAUAUAGCAAUCUGAUGGUUAAAAAGUGGGAAAGGCUAUUUAAUUAAUGACAGGGUAGUUU